AUGCCAGUCGAGACUGACCGUGGCCCCGUCAUCGUCUAUCCUAGCUCAACAGCAGUGCCCCGCCAAGCAGUCGAUUGGGCCUAUGACUAUGAUUCACAAUGGAAUGUUUCAACUAAUCCUUGCAAUGUGCGCGCUACAGAUGUCAUGACAGCGGUGUACGGGUUUAGUAGCGUAAUGAGCAAGGUCUUGGGCCGGCUCAACAAGGACGACGUGGUAUUCAGUGGCAAGACCCUGCACCUGCAGGGCAACAAGGCAGAUGACAAAACAUUUGCCUCAGGGUCUAAGACAUGGGACUAUUGUGGCACAGCCUCCCGGGAACGCGUCAAGAGGCAAGAGACGACAAGCAAUGAAGGCAAUGAGCAGGGCCGCUGUGCGGGACAAGAAGCCGUAGCGGGGAGCAGGCAUUUGCAUUGGACGAGACAGCACGGUUGA